ACUAAACCAAAAACCGCAAAAGAGAUGUGAAAUGUGCCUGGUAUUUCCCCCCCGCCGUCAGGUUACCGUGUGCCAUUGCUAAGGUGGGAAUUAAAGUAACAAAGUCGAAUAAAUGGGGUUCCAGUGGCGGGUACACCCAGCUGCCCUUACGUAAGAAGCGGAAGAUCGUAUCCUCCAGGAAGAGGCGGAGUCGAGGUGAGGGAGUGAAAUGCUUAAUUCAGGAAUGGAUUUUGGAGUUUCUGGGUGCUGAAGAAGUAGAGCCUUUCUGCCUGCAGGCCCAGUGAGUCGACACGGUGGGGGCCCGCGAGCCCCGGGACUUACCACAGAAUAAAUCCAGUCCAGCGUGCGACGACUCACUGGCUUCAUGCCUGGAGGGGAUCCCUCUCUGAAGACUUUAUAGGAUACUGGUUGGGCUCUGGUUUUGGAUCCCGUUGGACUCCCGGUGUUGCUUCCGGGAGGCGUACAACAGGAGGGGUCGCAGCCGCCGCUGGGGUCUCCGCUGUCUCGCGAGGAGGGUGAAGCGCCCCCGCCUGCUCCCGCUUCGGAGGGUAGGCGGAGAAGUCGCCGGGUACGCCUUCGCGGAUCCUGCCGUCACCGACCUAGCUUUCUGGGCUGCCGGGAGCUCGUGGCGAGCGCCCCAGCCAGGCCUGCGCCGGCAUCUUCCGAGGUCUGUCUAGUGGCAGUUCUGAACCAAAGCAAACGACUAUCACCGUGGCUUUUGGACUCGUCUGUGCUGUGUUAAACAUUCUGAGCAGAAAUUGCCCGUGACUUGUUCAUGCAUCCAGUUACUGCAGCUUUCCUCAUGGGUUGCUGAUUGUAGGCUGGAAGGGGGCAGUGCUGAGAUGAGCCACAUAGUGAUUUAAGAGGAAAACGGAGUGGACCUUUUGAUAGAAGUAAACCUCAUUACUGCCCCAGCAGCAGCCACCAGCCUCAUUUCAUCUCUAUAGAUUUGCCUAUUCUGGACAUUUCAUAUAAAAGAUAAUGGCAUCAGCUGCUAAGGAAUUUAAAAUGGACAACUUUUCACCUAAAGCUGGCACUAGCAAAUUGCAACAGACAGUACCAGCUGAUGCAUCUCCUGAUUCUAAGUGUCCUAUAUGCUUGGAUAGAUUUGAUAAUGUGUCUUACUUAGAUCGCUGCUUACAUAAGUUCUGUUUUCGCUGUGUACAGGAGUGGUCAAAAAACAAAGCUGAAUGUCCACUAUGUAAACAGCCCUUUGAUUCUAUUUUCCAUUCUGUGAGGGCGGAAGAUGACUUCAAGGAGUAUGUCCUAAGGCCUUCGUAUAAUGGUUCUUUUGUCACCCCUGAUCGACGAUUUCGCUACCGUACAACUCUGACAAGGGAACGAAAUGCUUCUAUGUAUUCACCUAGUGGUCCUGUGAACAGAAGAACAACAACUCCACCAGAUAGUGGAGUACUAUUUGAAGGGUUAGGCAUUUCAACAAGACCUAGAGAUGUUGAAAUUCCUCAAUUUAUGAGACAAAUUGCAGUAAGAAGGCCAACUACUGCAGAUGAAAGAUCUUUGCGGAAAAUUCAAGAACAAGAUAUUAUUAAUUUUAGACGAACUCUCUAUCGUGCUGGUGCUCGAGUUAGAAAUAUUGAAGAUGGUGGCCGCUACAGGGAUAUUUCAGCUGAAUUUUUCCGUAGAAAUCCAGCUUGCCUUCACAGAUUAGUCCCCUGGUUAAAACGUGAACUUACAGUUCUUUUUGGAGCUCAUGGAUCUUUAGUGAAUAUUGUCCAGCAUAUUAUCAUGAGUAAUGUUACUCGCUAUGACUUGGAGAGUCAGGCAUUUGUGUCUGAUUUAAGACCAUUUUUACUUAAUCGAACUGAGCAUUUUAUACAUGAAUUUAUCAGUUUUGCCCGAUCUCCUUUUAAUAUGGCAGCCUUUGACCAGCAUGCCAAUUAUGAUUGCCCUGCUCCUUCAUAUGAAGAAGGCAGCCAUUCUGAUUCUUCAGUCAUAACAAUAUCUCCAGAUGAGGCUGAGACCCAGGAGCUGGAUAUUAAUGUAGCCACUGUUAGUCAGGCACCAUGGGAUGAUGAAACUCCAGGACCAUCUUACUCAAGCUCAGAGCAGGUACAUGUUACUAUGUCUUCUCUUUUAAAUACUUCUGACAGUUCAGAUGAAGAACUUGUCACAGGAGGAGCCACGUCUCAGAUACAAGGAGUACAAACCAAUGAGGACCUAAAUAAUGACAGCGAUGAUUCUUCAGAUAAUUGUGUCAUUGUUGGGUUUGUUAAACCACUAGCUGAGAGGACCCCAGAACUUGUUGAACUGUCCUCUGAUUCUGAGGACUUAGGUUCUUAUGAGAAAAUGGAGACAGUGAAGACACAAGAACAGGAGCAAUCUUACAGUUCUGGUGAUAGCGAUGUUAGUAGAUGCUCAUCUCCACACUCUGUCCUUGGAAAGGAUGAAGAAAUAAAUAAAGGUCAUUGUGAUUCUAGUACAAGAAUCAAAUCAAAGAAGGAAGAGAAACGAUCUACAUCAUUGUCAUCUCCCAGAAACCUGAGCUCAUCUGUAAGAGGAGACAGAGUAUAUUCUCCAUAUAAUCAUAGACACAGAAAGAGGGGAAGAUCAAGAAGUUCAGAUUCACGUUCUCAGAGUAGAAGUGGGCAUGAUCAGAAGAAUCAUAGAAAGCAUCAUGGGAAGAAAAGGAUGAAAAGUAAACGAUCCAGAAGCAGGGAAAGCAGACCUAGAGGGAGAAGAGACAAAAAGAGAUCAAGAACUAGAGAUAGCAGUUGGUCCAGAAGAAGCCAAACUCUGUCUCUAAGUAGUGAAAGCACAAGCAGAUCAAGGUCUCGUAGCAGUGAUCAUGGUAAAAGAAGAUCACGCAGCAGAAAUAGAGAUCGUUAUUAUUUAAGAAAUAAUUAUGGAAGCAGAUACAAAUGGGAGUAUACUUAUUACAGUAGAAACAAGGACAGGGAUGGGUAUGAAUCAUCUUACAGGAGGAGGACUCUGUCCAGAGCUCAUUAUUCUAGACAGUCUUCAAGUCCAGAAUUUAGAGUUCAGUCCUUUUCUGAAAGAACAAAUGCUAGGAAAAAAAAUAAUCACAGUGAGAGGAAAUAUUACUACUAUGAAAGGCACAGAUCAAGGAGCCUGUCUAGUAACAGAUCAAGGACUGCAUCUACCGGGACUGACCGGGUGAGAAAUGAAAAGCCUGGAGGGAAACGAAAAUACAAAACACGGCAUUUGGAGGGUACUAACGAAGUGGCUCAGCCAUCUCGUGAAUUUGCUUCUAAAGCAAAGGACAGUCAUUACCAAAAAUCUUCAUCAAAAUUGGAUGGAAACUACAAAAAUGAGAGUGAUACCUUUUCAGACAGCCGAUCAUCAGACAGAGAGACAAAACACAAAAGGAGAAAAAGGAAGACCCGGAGCCUAAGUGUAGAGAUAGUCUAUGAAGGAAAAGCUACUGAUACAACUAAACACCAUAAAAAGAAAAAGAAGAAACAUAAGAAGAAGCAUAAGAAACACCAUGGAGAUAAUGCUUCACGUUCCCCAGUUGUAAUUACCAUCGACAGUGACAGUGAUAAGGAUUCUGAAAUAAAGGAGGAUACAGAAUGUGACAAUAGUGGUCCUCAAGACCCUCUACAAAAUGAGUUUUUGGCUCCUUCCUUGGAACCAUUUGAAACUAAAGAUGUAGUUACAAUAGAAGAUGAAUUUGGUGUGCUGGACAAGGAGUGUGAUAUUGCUACACUUAGUAACAACUUGAAUAAUGCCAACAAAACUGUAGAUAAUAUUCUAUCUCCAGCAGCUUCAGUUGAACAAACUCUCGAUGUAAGAGAAGAGAUCACCUUUGUUUCUGAUUUGGAGAACCAGCCCAGUAACAUUGUGUCUAUUCAAACUGAGCCAUCAAGGCAGUUGCCGUCUCCACGGACAUCAUUAAUGUCAGUAUGUCUUGGUAGAGACUGUGAUAUGUCUUAAAACUGGCCAAAGCAUUUCAUUGAGAAUUCUGAUGAUAUAAAAAGAAAAAAGGAAGAAUGUCAUCUACUGCAGUCUAUUUAAAGAUGACUUUGGUGAAAACUCUCUUCCUCACAAUAUUUUAAGUGAUUUUUUUUUUUUUUUGGUGUUAAUUUGUAAAAAUCAUUAUUUGUUCAAAAUGUAUGUCCCACCCUCAAAGAUAUGCACUUUUAAGUGAAGAAAAUGAUACUGCUAGCAGUUUAUUUAAAACUUGGGGUCCUUUUUAAAUAAGAAAAAUUAUAUAAAUUUUAGAAGUUAUUUCAUAAAGCCAUACGGUAUUGACAUAUUUUUAAGGUAGUCAAUGAGUAUUUUUGAAUUUUUUUUUUUUGAGAGUUAUUCUGGAAAUGUGUUAUAAGCUAGGAGAAUCCUUUGGACAGUCUUUAUUUUUCUUAAAAAUUUAUAUGAUUCAAAACCAUUUCUUCAGGUUAAAUUGAGGCAUUUUAAUCUGCACAAUUUAUCUUCUGCCAAAAUAAAAAUUUACUAUUUCCUUUAUAUACUUGUUUAUCUGGACUGCUAGUAAAACAAAUGUGUAUUCAACAAAAGAAAAAUAAAACACACUUUCAAACAAGAAUCAGACAUUUUCCUAUGCAGUAUUUUUUUUUUUUUAAGUUUAUUUUAGUAAAGCUAAAAUCUUGAAAGUAGCUAAGGGCUUAAUUAUCUCAUAAAUACUGAACUUCAGGUGAACAAAUACUUUAUAGUUUUAAUUAUUUUAGUUCUUUGAGGAGUAUCUCAUUUGCUUUUUAUCAUCAGUAAAAACAGCAUUUAACUUGCUAAAUAUGAAAAAUCCUUGUCA